AUGCUCGCAAAAGUCGCCUUGGCCGUCGGAGCCUUGGCCGCAGUCCUGCUCUUCAACCGCCUGCUAGCAAUCAUCACCAAGAACUCCAAAUGCCGGCCUCUGCCUCUGCCUCCCGGCCCUCCUGGGCUGCCCAUCAUCGGUAAUGUCCACCAGAACCCAAAAUCCCACGCCUGGCUCCAGUGGCACCAAUGGAGCAAGACAUAUGGCCCCAUAAUAUACCUCAACAUGCUCGGCCAGCCCAUUGUUGUCCUGCACUCUGCCAAGGCCGCCCAAGAUCUUCUCGCCCGCCGCGGAGCCAUGUACUCGGAUAGGCCCCGCCUGGUCCUGGCUGGGGAGCUGGCCCUCAAGGGCUUGCACUUGGUCCUCAUGCCAUACGAUGCCCGAUACAAAUUACACCAGAGGCUGGAAGCCCCCCUCCUCUCGCCCCGGGCCGCCUCGUCCUACCAGCCCCUGCUGGACCUGGAGACCAGGCAGCUGCUGUUUGACCUGCUAACGCCCACCGCCUCGGCCCACGGCGUCGACUACCACCACCAGCUCGAGCGUACCAUGGCCUCCGUCACUUACUCCCUCAUGUACGGCUACCGCCUCCCUACUGGCCGUGAGCCCGAGCUCGUCCGUGCCCACGCCAUCAUGAAGGAGUUUGCGGCCAUGAUGUCCGACAACAACCUGGUCGACAUAUUUCCCUUUCUUGAAAAACUUCCCAUCCCCUGGCCCUGGAGGCACAAGGCUGAGAGACACUUCGAGGAGCAGCGGGACCUCCACAACACCAACCUUCAACGCGCGCUAGGCAACCGGGGCUGGAACUUCGCAAAGGAGAUGGCCGCCAGCGCCGAGGCGAAGCAGAUGAGCGAGGAGGAAUUCGCCUUCGACAUCGGCAUCCUGGCCGACGCCGCCCUGGAGACGACCGUGCUCACGGGCAACUGGUUCAUCGUGGCUUGGCUCACCCAGGACAAGGCCUCCGGCUUCGUGGCCAAGGCCCAGAAGCUCCUGGACGACGUGGUCGGUAGGGACCGGCUGCCAACCUUUGCCGACCGGCCGAACCUCGUAUAUAUCGACGCCAUCGUCGAAGAGGUUCUGCGCUGGCGGCCCAUCGGCAUCACGGGGAUUCCGCACGUGACCAAGGUCGAGGACCAGUACGAAGGCUUCCGCAUCCCGGCCGGCACCAUCGUCUUUGCGAAUCAGUGGUCCAUCACGCGAGACGCGACUGUCUUUGGCGGCGAUGCGGACGCCUUCGUGCCGGAGCGGUGGCUCGUCGAUGGUAAUGGUGGAGGCUGCGGGCCCGGGGACGUGAAGGCCAGGCCGAAGUCAGAGGGCGCCGCACCACUCAGGGACAUACCGUCGACCGGGUUUGGCUUUGGGCGACGUAUCUGCACCGGCCAGCAUAUCGCGCGCAACGAGCUGUGGAUGCAGGUCGCGUUGCUGCUAUGGGCCUUCAAUCUCGACGGCGCCGUGGACCCGCAUACGGGCGAGCGGGUCGAGGUCGACCCCAUGGCCAUGGCGGAAUCGCUCAUCAUCCGGCCUUUGCCUUUCAACGCUAUAUUCAGGCCUCGGGGCCCGUGGGUGGAGGAUCUGGUCCUGAAACAAUGCGAUACCAGCAAGGAGGACUUUGUGGAGUUGCUGGAAAAGAUUGGUCGGGAAAGAGCGCCGUGGCAGGGUGACCUUAAAUAG